AUGCGACAAAAUCUGGUUAGGCAAUUUUACAAAAUGGCUAACAAUGUUGUCAAGGUGGCUACAGUAGUUAAAGUCAGCCGGUUGCGGAGAUUAGGUCAGUACUUUGGAGCUAUAGCAAAUGAUUACAAGGCAGUUGCUAAAGACAUUGUUCAGGAUGUAAGAAGUGGAUCAGUCAAGGCUUCCGUGUAUAUAACUGGCCUAGUGGCCACUGGAAUCCUCUUCAAGUCCAACCCCUCCGCUAGAGAUCUGGACGAUGCUGUCAUAGAAAGUGCACAUGAACUGUCUCUGAUAGGAGCAGCCAUUCGAAGCAAGGAGGCUGACAAUUACGUGGACAGUUUACGAAGUGCGCAGCGGGAUGGCUUGCUGCAUCACACAAAUGUAGGGCUGUUCUCGCUGGUGUGGUUGAGUGACAAUCGUGAUGAGCUAGAUCUCUAUGAGGCACAGUGUUCGUAUGUGCACAUGCCCUGGUACCAGUGGUACAAGCGGGUUAUUGAUGUGGGAGUUCUCGGAAAAUUUGUGAAAUUGUCCCGUAAAAUGAAGGACUACGAUAUAAAUGAGGAGGCAUGGGAAACCAGCAAUAAAGCGACGUAA